GCCUCCACCUGCGCUAUAAUUACCAAUUCGGUUCAAAACUCACUGGAGCAUGUUCAAUUGCAAGAUGGAACCAAAAAUUUAGAUCUACCUUUCAUCAGCAUCAGUUCCUGCACCUCACGAUUCACGACAAUCUCAGAGCUUCAAAAUGGCCCACUCAACACUCUCCUCCAAAAUGACCUCCCUCCUCAGCGCCCGCAAAGCCAACUCCGCCUUCCGCACCCUCACAGUAUCCCCCCCAACCUCAAAAGACUUCUCCUCCAACGACUUCCUCUCGCUGUCCACCUCGCCUGUCCUCCGCACCGCCUACCUCUCAGAACUCACCUCACACCCCGAUUUCCGCCUCGGCAGUUCUGGCUCCCGCCUCCUCGACGGAAACUCCCUCUACGCCGAAACCCUUGAAAAAGAGAUUGCGGAGUUUCAUGGUGCUGAGGCUGCGUUAUUGUUUAAUUCCGGGUUUGAUGCAAACGAGGGCCUUUUUGCUUGUGUGCCGCAGAGAGGCGAUGUCGUGGUUUAUGAUGCGUUUAUUCAUGCUAGUGUGCAUGAAGGGAUGAGGUUAUCGAGGGCGGGAAGGAAGGUUAUGUUUGAGCAUAAUUCUGUUCCGGAUUUGGAGAGGGUUUUGAGUGAGUUGGCGAGGGAUGAGGAGGUGAGGGACGGCGAGAGGAAUGUUUUUGUAGCUGUUGAGAGUUUGUACUCGAUGGAUGGGGAUUUAUGUCCUUUGAAGGAAAUCGUUGAGUUGGUUGAGAGGAUGCUUCCGAAUGGGAAUGGCCAUAUUAUCGUGGAUGAGGCUCAUUCGAACGGUAUUUAUGGCUCUCAAGGACGAGGGGUUGUCUGUAGUCUGGGGUUAGAGGACAGGAUAUUUGCAAGACUUCACACCUUUGGCAAGGCAAUUGGUUGCAACGGAGCUGCUAUUCUCUGCUCCCCCCUGACAAGGGCAUACUUGAUCAACUAUGCUCGACCUCUCAUUUACACAACAGCAAUGUCCUUCCCCUCCCUGGCCGCCAUAAAAGUGGUGUAUGGUCUCAUGAAAGACGGAACAACCGUACCACUAAUAUGGCACCUUAACUCCCUCAUCACGCACAUGUACGAGCAGCUUCUCACGCUCCAACCGCUCACUACGGACUCAGCCCUCUUGCGACUCCCGCAAUCUCUCCCCAACUCACCAAUUUUUGCCCUCCUCACCCCAGAGCCACGGAGUUUGGCGAAGUGGUGUCAGGCUGCCGGGUUUGUGGUGAGACCGAUAGUUCCACCUACAGUGCCUGAAGGAACGCAAAGAGUCAGGGUCUGUUUGCAUGCAGGGAAUUCGAAACAGGAAGUUGAGGCAUUGGUGGCUAGUAUCAGGGCGUGGCUGAUUGCCAGAAGGAGGGCUGAAUCGGCUGAAGGAAUUGUGGAGAGCUUAGACGUGAAAGCUAGAUUAUGAGAUGACGACAACGAGGCUGGAUCUGACUGCGAGGAGAAUCUGGUCCUAAGUCGCGAAGGUUAGAGAUCAGCACACGCUCACAUUGCAUCAUAGAGCAGAGCGCCUUAGAGGUCAACUCCAGAGUGAUGUGUAUACUAUUUUGAGAUGCGAAAGAUAGAACUUGUCGCUCGCGCUGAGCCCAGUACUGUAUAUAUCUUCACCUCGCUUACAUCUAAGCGAGCUCAAAGAGAAAAAAAUGCAACUCUACCACGCCCCAC